AAAAUACCAGAUUAAAUUGUUAAACAAAUUCCAAGUCCCCAAUCUAUCAAAAAAAGUUUCCUUGCCAGGUAAAAAAGAGCUCGACGUCAUAAUGCAGCGCCACAGGGAAUUAUAUAAACAGCAAUCACUUGCUUUCAGCCCACGCAAUUUCGAUGAGCAGAACCGGGAACUCCAGAAUGCGGCGCGUGCAAAACAGCGCGAGGAUCGUUUUCAAAGCAACCGCAUUAUUAGUGUUAGUCCAACUCCCGUCAAGCGUGCGGCACCUAUACCGCCCUCAGAGGAGGCGCAGCCACGCCUUACCUAUGUCGCUCCUCCUAAGGAGAAUCGAAAACCAGAGCUGCCUCAGCAGCAGAGGAACCCCACCCGGGACCUUUACAUAAAGCGCUUCGUGGAUUGGAAGGCUGCCAGGAAGGAACAAACAAAGAACGAGCAAAUUGCUCGUCGUGGUCAAAAGAUGUGCACAUAUAAAACCGAAACACUUACACCUGCGACAAACCCCAGAAAGAGCAGGAGAACGCUCCGGCAUUUGUGCCGCCAAAAAGGCACUCCUUAUAUGUUUUGUCAAAAAAAACUCAGUGUACGCAGACGGCAGCGGAGAGGAAACAGCCUUUGGCAACCCAAUUGCGUACCCAGGGUCAUCCAUCCAGAUUGCGCGCUCAGCCUGCGGCAACCAUGGCAAAGCUGCAACAUGCAACGUCGCGUCCUCAACCGGUCACUGUGAAGACCCAAACAUCAAACAUGAAACAUCAAACAUCAGCAAGGAAUGUCCAGCCAGCCACAGUGAAGCCUGCACCUUCACGUGCAUUGCCCUUGAAGCCUACAGCAGGCCCAAAGCCCAAGGCAGCGGAUUUGGUCGUUGGACCUUCUGCAAAUGGGGUUGUUCAUUUGCCAAAUGUGAGGACGCAACCAUUCGAAAAGCCGGCCGUGAGUAAGCCCACCUUAAAAAUACCAGCAGUGAAACCAAAGCCCAUUCAA